AUGGCACCAACCCGUCCUCGUUCUUUGCGUGUCCUUGCAUUUGGUUCCAGACGUAAUUCAUCACCAGGGCCUCGCAGUCCUUCUCCAACUUUCUCAGAAACAACUAAUGUUUCUGGUAUGAACUUCGGAGCUGAUGGACCUUCCAAGAUCAUUACUCGGGCAGAUUUAAAAGCUAGCCUUCAAGCUUAUGAACAGCUUAUGAACUCUUGUGCAACAUAUAGAGCAGCGCUCGUAACCGUGUCCAAUGCUACCGCUGAGUUUGCAGAUGCAAUGGAAAGGUGUAGUACGUUGAAGGGUCCUUCGUAUGAGGCUGGUACUCGUCUACAGGCUGGUUCAGGACUUCACCAUUUAAUUGGAAACCAUAUGCAUGUUUUAGCUGAAACUCUGGACAGAAAUUUUGAGAAACCUCUUAGGCAACACCUCGAAACUUAUCGUACUAUCGUCACCGAACGAUCCCUGUCAUACGAGCGCGCGUUGAAGGAAAAGAGUGAAAUCAUUAGACACACAGAGAAACGCAAUAUGAAUGGGAAGGAACGAAAUCUACAAAGUUUCAGAGAAGCUUUGGCUGUUUUGCAACGUCAGGUUGAUGAACUGGACGAGCUUAAGGUUGAGCAUUACGCAGAAAUUGUUGAGCAUGAAGAGGAGGUGUGGGAUGUCGUCCAGGGAAAGAUGUGUCUGGUUGUACGUUCGACCUUGGAUGUUUAUGACAAGUUCACUUCGAAAGCAUCUGACCCUGUCAUCGAGCCUAUGUUACAAUCCGUUCCAGAUCCAUUCGAUUCUUACGGUCCUCCCCAAUCAGAAGACCAAAUAUUCAGUAUCCUGCCUCCUCUCUCCAUUAUGCCUAGCGCACCUUCGUCAACAACGACACCGUUAACACGUACUCCAGAGCUAGAAAAUAUGGAAGGUCCCCCGUCCGCUUCAAGCAGUACGUCGUGGUCGCAGAAUCCGAACACAGUCUUAUUCCCUUCCGAAUCCUCUGCAUGGGCAGACGUGCCUUCUUCUCCAGCCUCAUCAUCCCCUCGCUCCGUUUCCCCUACAACGCCCAUCCGCCGUCAUUCACUACCCGCAAGUACGGGCCACAGUUCCCGAAAAGCAGAAUCUAAACUUCGGAGCGUACUUUCCGUUAUCGACGAGGCCAACUCACGGCAUAGCACUGAAGAAGUCAUUUCUUCUCAUUAUGUGCCGCAGGUUGAGAAUUCUAAUUUGAAUGACACCACACUCAUUCAGCCACAGCCACAGAAGCAAACUAGCUUCAGCUGGACAUCACCUUUUUCAUAUGGACGUUCACCGUAUGUUGAAGAGGAUACAAAUGGUGACACGACACCCCGAAACUCAACUUUCUUAUCAUCGCCACAGACUCCGACUGGUCGACCUGUCCCCGAACUCGAUGCAGAUAGUAGUACAAUUGGGGAAACAACCGUUCCUGUACCGUUUUAA